AUGUCAGAAGUUGUUAGGUCCGGAAUGACGCUUGCUUUUGUUUCUUUUCCAGCUGCGAUUGGUGAAAUGCCGGGAGCAUCAAUCUGGUCGCUCAUUUUCUUCUUUAUGGUUCUCCUCCUCGGCUUGGAUACUCAAUUCACCGUUGUGGAAAUCUGCACUACGGCCCUCUUUGAUAUGUUCCCUAACAAACUCGAUCACAAAAAGCACAAUUUGCUGGUCACUGGCGGCUUCUGUGCUACCUUCUGUAUCCUUGGCUUGCCCUUGAUGACCGGCUCUGGCAUCUAUUGGGUUACUCUGUUGGAUACUUAUGCUUCUAGCUGGGGGUUGAUUGUGAUUGCCCUGGUGGAACUUGUUGCAGUGGCGUGGGUUUACGAUCUGGAUAAAUUUAUUGAGCAUAUGAAGGAAAUGCUCCCAGAUGAUUCGCCGGUCCAUAAGUUUCCAGCGUCAUUUGGUUUCUGGAAAAUUAUGUGGAAAUAUGUCACACCGACGAGUCUCGCUAUAAUUCUAACCUGGUCAAUAAUCGACUACGAGCCUGCCCGCUACGGAACCUUCAUCUUCCCCGGAUGGGCUCAAGCAAUGGGCUGGAUCGUCCUCCUGACCGCACUGCUCAUCAUCCCGAUCAUCGCGUUUCGUCAAGUGCAAAAAUCACCCGGAGAGGGACUCAGAGAAAAGGUCAAAUUUGCCUCGAAACCGACUGAAAAAUGGCAGCCCGGCGAUCCGAAAUACAGAAAAAAUCCGCCCUUGGCGACUGAUCCUCGAGAAGACGACGUUUUUAUAGUUCCAGAAGAAGCUCCUCGGAGUCGGCAACUUUCAACUUACUGUUGA